CUCAUCCACUCCCGUCCCAGAAUCUCCGUACACGCUUCCUCCUCGCCGUCGUGCCACCCCACCAAACCACGCCUGAACUGCCAUUUCCCCCGUUUUUUCCCCUCUCGCGCAAGGCGUAACCGGUGCGUCGUGGGGGGUAGUUUCGGCCGAGGGAAGCGCGGCGCGGGACCGGGCGCGUUUCAGAAUUCAGACCGGCCGGCCGGCCGCGGGGAGGGCGCCGCGAGAUCGCAUUGUGGCGGACGCGGCCGGGUCACCGCGGCAUUCCGCUCCGGGGGUGUCCGUGGCUGCUCGAGGCUUUUGCUUGUUUGUCUCUUACCUCUUGCGUUGCGUCGGGCGGCGGGGCUCGAGGUUGGUGGCCGGCCAGGCGCAGCGUCUCCUUUUCGCGGUCGCCUUUCCGGAGCGGCUGCCGCCGCUGCUGGUGCCUGGUGGGGACGCGCUUCGCCUUUCCGCCGCCUCGGCGUGGCGUGAUUCCGAAGCGUUGCCGGGGUUGUACUGGUUGCUGGUAGAUAGAAAAACACCGCAUCUUUUUUGGAGGGCUCGUCUCGGCUGGCACGAAGGUUCCUCGCGGACAAUGCCGAGCAUCCGAGCUCCGGCGUCCAAGCAGACGGCCACGCUACAGGUGGCUGUCAAGUGCAGGCCAUUGACCGACACCGAGCAGCGGCGUUCGCGGCAUAUUAUACAGGUCAUUGAUGACAAGACUGUGGUCGUGCUGGACCCUGAUCUGUCAAAGGAUUAUCUGGACCUCAUCCAGAACCGGACCAAGGAAAGGAGCUAUACCUUCGAUCAUGUGUACGCGCCUGGGUGCUCCAAUUCGGACGUGUAUAAGAAUAUAUCCUCUACAAUUGCUGGUGUAGUCCAAGGCCUUAACGCGACAGUCUUUGCUUAUGGUUCUACUGGAAGUGGCAAAACUUACACUAUGGUUGGAACCCAUAGCGAUCCUGGUCUGAUGGUUCUUAGCUUCCGUACAAUUUUUGAGCUGAUAAAAAAGGACGACAGUAAGGAUACGUUUGAAGUUUCAUGUUCAUAUCUGGAAGUGUACAAUGAGGUUAUCUAUGAUUUGCUUGAGAGAUCCUCUGGACACCUGGAGCUUCGAGAAGAUCCUGAGCAUGGCAUAAUAGUUGCUGGAUUGAGAAGCAUUAAGGUUCAUUCCGCAGAUAGGAUUCUUGAGCUGUUGAACAUAGGCAACAGUAGGCGCAAGACAGAGAGUACAGAAGCAAAUGCUACUUCUUCACGGUCACAUGCUGUACUUGAGAUUACCGUAAAGCGAAAGCAGAAAGGCCAAUAUGGUAACCAAGUUCUUCGUGGAAAGCUUGCCUUGGUUGAUCUUGCGGGCAGUGAGAGGGCCUCUGAAACAAACAACUUCGGUCAAAAGCUUAGAGAUGGAGCCAACAUCAACCGAUCACUCCUAGCAUUAGCAAACUGCAUCAAUGCCCUAGGCAAGCAAAAUAAGAAAGGUCUUGCCUAUGUUCCCUAUCGCAACAGUAAAUUAACUCGUAUUCUUAAGGAUGGGCUCUCUGGCAAUUCUCGAACCGUUAUGGUUGCUACAAUAUCACCAGCUGAUGAUCAGUAUCAUCACACAACGAAUACACUCAAGUACGCAGACCGUGCUAAAGAGAUAAAAACACAUGUCCAUAAAAAUAUUGGAACACUUGACACUCAUGUUGAAGACUAUCAGAGGAUGAUCGACAAUCUUCAGGUUGAGGUUUCUCAGUUGAAAAAGGAAUUAGCUGAGAAGGAGCAUCAGUUAAGUGUAAAGCCUACUGAAAAAACUGCAGAUAGUGAGCUAUCUUGGUUAAAUGUCUUGAGCCAGGAAACUGGUGAGAAUGUUCAAGAACGCAUAAAUCUUCAGAAGGCUCUGUUUGAACUCGAAGAAACCAAUAAGCGAAACCGCAUGGAACUCCAGCAUCUUGAUGAUUCUAUUGCAAGGCAUCAGGUGAAAGAAAUGGACUCUACCAUUCUCCAAGCUUUAACAUCAAGGAGACAAGUUAUUCUUGACAACAUCCGUGAUAAUGACGAAGCUGGUUCUGGAUAUAGAAAGGACAUCGAAAUGAAUGAGAGUCGCAGGCGACAACUCCAGGAUAUGAUUGAAGAGGCCAUCAGUAACAAUGGCAAUAAAACCUACCUGCACAUUCUCAGCCAGUACAGACUACUUGGAAUGACUAACGCUGAGCUUCAAAUUGAGAUGGCUAUGCGGGAUCAAGUUAUACAUAAUCAGAGGGAAGCUCUAAGGAGCCUGUGGAACAUUCUCUAUGGAACAGGGCUAAACCAGAAGCAGAUUCUUAAAUUGGCUGCAAAGCAAGGGUUAACCGUAGAAGGCUGUCCUUUGCCUAGCUCAAGCCCAGACGUUACCACGCCACCUUCCUGUCAACCUCAUAGGUUUCCAUCGUUUAUGCCAUUUCCUGGUCCGCAGUCAGAGCCUUAUUCUCCAUCUGCUUGCUUUUUCCAACAUGGUUUCAGCACUAUGUCUUUGCUGAAAAAUCAGCAUGAGACGCCCACAAUAUGUAGGCAGGAGCACCUCAGUUCUUACUACAUGAUGUCUGGCUGCUCGCCUUACUCUGGUGAUGGAAAACAGUGGUCAAGUGGAAGACCUACGGCAUUCUUUUCUACUCCAGAAAAACCUAAGGAGGCUCAGUCCCAACACAACAAGGAACAUUCUGGCAGCCAUGAUUUCAGUCUGCACAGAAAGGAUCUGUGGUCCACGGAAAGGAAAUGACGGGCCUCGAGAUCCUUCUGGUACUUAAAAACACCUGUGAUGGCUACAAUGCGGCCUGUCUGAUGUUCCUAACCUCGGUCGCUGUGUGCACCAUCUUCUGUCUACCACCGACGUUCCCGGGGUUCCUGAGAUCUGAAGAUAUGGUAGUGGUAGAUUUCGCGGGAGCUGUUGCCUUGCCCACGUCCAUUUUGGUUGAUCCUGCUGGGCGUUGCCCACUCCGUCCACCAUGUACAGUAGAUGCAAGUCCUCUCAGUUUUUUUGGGGGAAGGGGGGUGGAUAUCUGAUUUCUGGACCAAGAACAGUGUAAAUUUGCCGCGGUUCUCGCCCUCCUUCAGUAAAUCCACCGGUAAAGCUUUCCGGAUUGGUCUUCAAAUCGGGCGGGUGACGACGAUCAGGAUGGGAGUUGGGUGACUGAUGAACAGUCUAAGGGCUACAGUAGCAUGUGGUAGGAAUAGGAUCUCAUCAGUCAUCUCUCUAGAUCAUUGAAUAAGCCCUGGUGAGGCUCACCUGCCCUGGAGACCACAUUGAAGCAGGAGCAGCGCUGGGCAUGAUGGUCCCUCCCUCACAUUCAUGUUUCUGCGCAACAGUUGUGCUGAAUGCUACGCUGGAGCAGCCGAGGCCGCACGGCACGCACAUCGCAGUCGCGUUCCACAUGCCCGGCGCAGCCAAAGGGCUGGCUGGCUGGCUU